GAACCGAGAAGAAGAAGAAGUAGUAGAAGAAGUAGUAGAAGAAGAAGAAGAAGAAAAAGAAGAAGAAAAAGAAGAAGAAAAAGAAGAAGAAAAAGAAGAAGGAAAAGAAGAAGAAAAAGAAGAAGAACCUCAAGCGAGAAGCCAACUCGCCUCUUUCUCUUUCUCUGCACAGGAUGGAUAUGUCCAGCAGGUUGCUGGUGUGGCACGAGCUGGCUGAGAGCUGUGGUCUAACUACAGUGCAGCAAGGCCUGCAGCAGGUCUGGAGACUGAUGCUGCUCUGCCUCAUCUGCAGACUGUGCUUCACACUUCGAGGUUUGUCCACUGUGAAGCAUGUAGUUUCAGUGUUGGUUGGGAUGUACAGCCUCUACCUCUUUUUUGAGUCCCAAAUGCUGUGGGUGCUGUUGCUCAGUGCACUCUGUUACCUUGCUCUGCUCUUCAGUCGAAACUCCUGCAGCAGAGGCCCUUUCCUUUCGGUUGUCAUCCUCAUCUACCUCCUUAUUGGGGAGCUGCAGUUAAUUGACAUGGUGACCUGGCAUAAGAUAAGAGGCUCUCAGAUGGUGGUGGCCAUGAAGGCCAUCUCUCUGGCAUUUGACCUGGACAGAGGUGCAGUAAACAGCCUCCCCUCCCCAGCUGAGUUCCUGGGCUAUCUUUUCUUUGUGGGAACUGUUGUAUUUGGUCCUUGGAUCAGCUUCUCCAGUUAUAUGGUUGCUAUUGAAGCCAGAAAACCGAGCUGGGCGUGGAUGCAGAGUUCAGUCCGUAGCCUCUUGAAGAGUCAGAUCUGUUUGCUGGUCUCAACUUGCAUCGGUCCUUACCUCUUCCCUUUGUUCAUACCUAUCUAUGGAAACACAGUCACUCAGAAGUGGCUGCAUGCUUAUGAGAAUGCAGUGUCCUUCCACUUCAGCAACUACUUUGUCGGCUACCUAAGUGAAGGCACCAGCAUGUUAGCUGGAGCAGGCUUCACUGAAGAAAAAGACAACAUCAGUUGGGACAUGAGUGUCGUUAAACCUCUCAGUGUUGAGAUGCCUCGCUCCAUGGUGCUGGUGGUGACGUCUUGGAACAUCCCCAUGUCCCGAUGGCUAAAAACCUAUGUUUUUAAAAGCGCAAUGAAACUGGGGACAUUUCCAGCCAUCCUGGUGACAUAUACAGCCAGCGCACUACUGCAUGGUCUGAGUUUUCACCUGGGAGCAGUUCUGCUCUCUUUGGGAUUUAUCACAUAUGUUGAACAUGUUUUGAGAAAGAAGCUUGCAUCCAUCUUCAGUGCCUGUAUCCUUUCCAGGCCCUGUAACCCUGGCUGCGGCCAUCAGCACAAGAAGGAAUAUUUGGUGUUGGCACUGAACCUGGUUUUUAGCUUCCUGGCAAUCUUCCACCUCACUUACCUGGGCUCUAUGUUUGAUCCUGGAGUUGAUGAACAUGAGUUAGAUAAGGGUUACGCAGCCAUCCACACGAUCCAGAGGUGGUCGGAACUGAGCUGGGCGAGCCACUGGGUUGUUUUUGCCUGUUGGGUCUUCUACCGGUUAAUACACUGACGGAUGGAACCAAUGACGAGCCUGCCAUCAUUCAGCGUCUCACGAAACGGUCAGAGGCACGAGUAGUUGAGCAUCUAGUUUAUUCACAUCGUUCAUCUCGACGUCGGAUCCUGACACAGUUUACUCCCGAAGAGGUUCGGAUCCAUCAGCCUAAAGAUCGUUCAACUCUACUGAUCGCCGGUGCAGGAGCUCGCGCCGAGCGAACCCGACGUGUUCGCACGGGGAGGCUGACUUCCUCCUCGCUAAGUUUCACACAUCGCGUCAUCAUGCCAGCUUCAGACCUCCUCUUCGGCUCCGUGACCCAGCGGUUCAAAUAAACCAUCCGAGAUUCUACCGGAUCGCAGGUUGGAGCACGAUCCAGCGGGUCCAGCGGGUCUCCCUCCCCCCCGCGUCGGUCGCGGUCGGGAAAAGUUUCAACAAGCGACCUCUUCUAAAGCCCCUACCGAAGAUAAGUAUAACAUCUUUCUUUAAACACUCAUGCUACUACUUUAGCUUUAGAUAAUAUUCCGAAGACCACUUUGCAGUCCCCGGUCCCCACAGAGCAGCACAUCGUCACUCGUCUUAAAAACACUCGAACGUCGCAGCGGCGCUAAUACUGCGGACAAGUCGCGCUCGGCGAGUGCCGCGCUCCGGCGAGUGUGUCCCGUGUGCAAACAGAGACGUCAGCUGUUCCUCGUGCUUCAGCAUUAACGAGAACACAGUCCGCUUCGUCGGUAGAGUCAAUAACUCUACGUAUCUGUGCAUUCAGCCCUCUAAAUCUGAGACGGGAAGCAAUGCAUCCUUCAGAAUCAUAAACCGCGCCGUACAUAAAGCAUGCUAUGCACACCUGAACUGGCUUAAUUACAUAUCUUCUAAUUGAGUACAGGUGCGCGUGCACCUGAUGGUGUCUCGCACAUCCUGAGUCCAUUGGAACGUCAGUCGUGCACGUCCUCAGAAAUUUACGCUAUGUGGACGCCAGACGCAAAAUGCACUUAUAUAUAUAUAUACUAUAAAUAAAUAUAAAAUAAAUGAAUACUGGUAGUGAAUUUCAUCAAAUUCUCGCAUCAGUGAACAUGGAAACAUACGGCGUCACACCGUACUCGAUAGAUGGGCACAUUGACAAUCUACAGGCCGCGCUGUCUCUUCUGCGUAAAUCUUAAAAAUUAAUAAAACGGUAACAUCCUCCAGCGCGUCGCACACUAUUUAGGUCAUGCAAUUUCAGGAGUCAUACACAGUCUGAAUUACAGAUGGGCCGUCCAGUGGUAUCCUCUGGAAUCGCGUGUAAUACGCUGGCAAGGAUGCACACAACAAUUUAAGCAUCAAAUUGUUCCCCUCAUGUCCCCAGCGCACCAACAUGCCCAGUCGCAUAAUUAAAAAGUCUCCAAAUUGAAAUCAAUGAACUUUGGAGUUCGUACAUUCCAAUAGCUAGUUCCUAACAGCCACAAGACUCUAAUCCCAGUCAGUCCUAGGAGACAAGCUUUGAUCUCCAACCCUUCUGCGGUCUCGUAUCUCCAACAUGAGGAAUAAUGAGACCUAGGCGGUCGACAAAGCAAAUAAAUGAAUAAACUCGCAGGUCAAGGCGCUUAGCCUCCUUAGGCAGACAUAAAUCAGUUCAUAAAUGUAUCCUUGGCGGCGCUGGGAAUUACGCACCCGACUUCAGGUGCAGACCACCAAUAAGUUGCCAUAUUCUCAGCAAUUUCCUUAUUGUUGCUAGGGUUUCCUGUCUAAUGGGUAAAUACAUGAAUUCAUGUCACUCUGCUCAUUUUCACACUGACCGGGAGAGUCACGUGUCGUAUCGAGUGCAAAUUAUCGAGUACAUUCCAUGACGUUCAAAGGCUGACUCCGCUUAAACUCUUGAACGAGUUCAAACAACAUAAGUUACUUCACGUUUUGAUCAGGUCCCGGUAAAUAGUGAUGAGUGGUUAUUAGUUCAAGCGAGAGUAGAGUGGAGGAGGACAUAUAAACUCCUUCUUGGCACGAACCAAGCGCAGUUUCUGCUCUGAGCCGAGCAGCCGUGACUAGAGAAACCCAACAACACACAACACAUUUGCAUACCUCGUAUUUCACUUUUAUGGUCUGCUAACAAAAUUCCUCCCUUGCAGCUAAAGACGUCAUGCAGCAGCAGUCCUUCAACAACACUCCGAGAUGCCAAUCAUCCCUCAUGAAGCCCAUUUAAAAUAAUAAAAAAAAAAAAAAAAAAAAAAUCUUAGAUGGGACUCGGAAUUUCACGAAAAAAAAAAAAAUAUAUAUGUAAUCAAAUAAAUAAUAAAAAUGUAUAUAGAUUCAACACAAUUUAAUUGAAUAUAAUUAACUUUAAAAAAAUAUAUAUCUAUAUAUAAUAAUAAUAAUAAUAACAAAGUAUAAAUAAAAUACAGAUUAAAUAAAAUAUAAGUUAAAUAUAAAUAAAAUAUUAAAUAAAUAAACAGAUAUAAAAAAAAAACUCCAUUCGUGAGUCUUUUUGCACUCUACUCAGCUCAUGCAUUCAGGAUAUUAGUACUACUCUCCAGCCAGCCAAGAUGUUCUUUCGUUCCGCCACAGCAAUUUGGAAGAUUGUUUUCUGCCGUCACUCCCUAAAUCCGUCUUCAAACAAAACGCACACUCCUUUUCGACUCAAAUUUUCAAACCCUGAUAUCGGUAAGUCAUGCAUAUAACUGGUGGUGGUUUGUAUGCUCUGCUCACUCCGCGUGAGUUAUGCUUUUACUAAGCUCCACAUCUAGGCCCUGCUCUCACCAUGGCUUAACUUGGUCCGGUGACCUUUAGUUUAGUUGGCCAUGCAAUUUAAUUUACUUUUGUGGUUGCUACACCAUUUUAAUUUCUGUUGGUCCUGCGACUUAAAUUUCUGUUAUCCUCAUUUCUGUCGUCAUUUUUCAUUUUAUUUGUUCCUCGGACCUAAUUUCCUUUCGGUCAAUGGACCUUCUACUUAAGUUCGGUCUCCACUGACCUUGUGCUUAAUUCUACAUAUAGGCCCUGCUCUCACCAUGGCUUAACGGGUCCGGCGACCUUUACAUAAGUCUGCCAUGCAAUAUAAAUUCCUUGCGGUUGCUACACCUAUGUUAAUUUCGUUGCACUCCAUUAUCCAUUCUGGCACUUUAACUUCUUUUAAGUGCGUCUACAUUUUAGAUCCCGGGUCAUCUAUUUAUUCUAUCUGAUAAAUGUUAUAAUGAUGGUCUGUUUUCCAAACACUUUUAUUUGCUUAGGAUGCCACUUACGAGGUAAGACUCAUCAUUAACUCACUCUCCUGUUCCCUUCUUCGUCUUACUUCUUUUUGGGGGUAUUCCUGUUCGAUGUUCUGCUACACCCCCUUCUAAAUCCUAAUGACAUCUCACAGGGGUCUAAAAUGCCAAAGACUGUUUAACAUUCACAUUUCUGUGCGUGUAAAAAGUAAAUAAAUCUAAUCUGUUAAUUGGAAAUCAAGUCUCUCCUGAUUGAAAUGAAGCUAGCGUAAGUUCAGUCAGGAAGACUUAACCUGCAGACGAUCAGCUGAUCAGGGGUGUUCCUAUACAUAGGAACGCCCAAUGGAGGACUUAGCCUGCCUAGUGAUCAGCUGAUUGGGGGUGUGCCUUAUCAUCCAAUCAGGUCAGGCGCGGGCUCUGUCAGCCGGUCAUCUAGCAGCUGCCUAACUUUAAAAGUCCCUUUCCUCUCUUCCUCAGCCUGCCAUCAUUCAGCGUCUCACGAAACCCCUCCUCCACCCCAUUCUCCUCCCGGCUUGAAGGACAUUCACCUCAUCCGGACCCCGACCUCAACGGAUUACGCCAACGGAUCAAGGAUCAUAGCAGCGCCCAAUCAUGGUGGCAGCUGAUCACGGACAAAGAAUAUUCAAAACUGCCUAUCAAUAUACGAUUACUAGAUGCAUUCAUUGCACUUCUGUCCAUCCUGGAAGAGGGAUCCCUUGCAUGCGUCUCUUCCUGAGGUUUCUACAUUUUUCCUGUCAAGGUUUUUGUAGUUUUUCCUUACCCUUGUGAGGGUUGAGGGCAGAGGAUGCCACACUAGCAAGUUCAAUAGGACUACGAGCAUAAGAUUUGCCUUCCAAACUUACAUUAGACGUUAAACCACCACCAGUGUCUAGACCCCGGGGGUAUUCCUGUUCGAUGUUCUGCUACACCCCCUUCUAAAUCCUGAUGACAUCUCACAGGGGUCUAAAAUGCCAAAGACUGUUUAACAUUCAAGUUUCUGUGCGUGUAAAAAGUAAAUAAAUAAAAUCUGUUAAUUGGAAA